UAUAUAUAUAUAUAUAUAUUUUCUAUUUCACCAAAAAAAAAAAUUGCAUUGGGAGACUUAAAUGAGAUUGUUGGUGUGUUGUGAGAUUUCUCUUGGAGAUCUGAGAAAAUAGAAUUCUAGUAAAGGAAAAUUGGACAAUUAGAAUAGGCUAUUUACAUCAAUUACAGGGCUUUUGAAAGCCUAUAAAAAAGCUAUUUUCUAGUUUUUUAUUUUAAUUAACCAAACCAAAUUGAAAAUGAUUGAUUUGAACUAAUUUUAAUUUUUAAUUUAAAAAAUAAAAAAUUUUAGUUUGAUUAUUUUUUCAGAUGAAAACCGAACUAAAACCCUAAUAAAAAUCACACAAAGGGGGAUAAUGAAACAACAUUAAGUGAUAGGUGAAAUAUUUUGGUGUGCAUGUAUGCUUUGUUGCUGACUAUUUUUGUAAUUCUAAUGUACACAGUAAGAAAGCUGAGAAGUCAGAUUAAUUAAUCAAUGGCUUUCAAGAGAGAAGUGAAACCCAAUGGGGGUCGUAACUGGCGGUCAGAUUCUCCGGAUGAAAGACCACUGGUGCAUUUCUUCAAGAUAAUCCUUCCUUGUAUCUUAGAUUACAAGAAGCUGAGGAUUCCGAAUAAGUUUGUGAGGAGAUAUGGUGAAGAACUUUCUGGUGUUGCUAAAGUCAUUGUUCCUUCUGGUCAUGCUUGGGAGAUAGGCUUAACAAAAGACCAGAGCAAUAUCUGGUUUGAUGAGGGUUGGCAAAAGUUUGUAGAGCAUCAUUCAAUUCGUUUUGGAUACCUUUUAGUCUUUGCAUAUAGAGGUUGCUGUAAUUUUAGUGUUCUCAUAUUUGAUAUGAGUGCUUGUGAGAUUCCAUAUCCAUGCCCAGGUGUUGGACCAACUAGCGCUAAAAAGACUAAUUAUGGUGAGAAACGUUUCUUCAAUCCUGUAGAAAAAAUGGAAGAUGAAGACUAUUGAAAUCUAUGGUUGCAAGAUUGCAUCUCUUAAUUAAUGUGUUUUGAAAAGUACAGAUUUAAAUGGAUUUGGAAGGAAAGGAAAAUCCAGCAAAAGACACAAUGCUUCAGCUGAGCAAAAUCUUGGGAUGAAAAGGCGUCGAAGGUGUAAUUCUGUGCAGCAGAGCCAAAAUUUGAAGCAAUUGGGUGACAAAACGAGU